CGACGCUUAAACCUCACCAAGUCGAAGGAGUUUCAUGGCUUAUACGAAGGUAUCUCCUCGGCGUCAACGUUGUUCUCGGUUUUCAUUGUGUAUGCAGGAGAUGAGGUAUCAUUUGUCUACAAAUGGGAAUUUGAGAGAAGUGGCCUUUGUUGAAUUGGGUUGAGUUGAAUUUUGAAUUCACAUGGCUAAGAACUUCACAUUUUAAUUCAUGGGCAUUGAAUCCAUGCCCAUGCAGUGGAAACCCAAAAUUUUACGAAUACUCAAAAUUCAAUUGAGUCAGUAGCUAAUUUAGUGUAGAAGUUGGGUCAUAAAAAAACAUGGAAGUAAAUUUAAAGUUAUGUUGAAUUGUUUUCACUGAGCUGUUGUGAAUUGUCUUUUAUAGUGUUCAAAAGCAAGCAUUAUAGGUGAAAUUCUGAAUUCUAUUGAAUUCAUUUGAAGACUUGAAAUUCAAUUAUGAUUUGGUGCCUUUAUCGAAAUAGUCAAGCAUCAUAGAGAAAACUUGAAUUUGCUCAAAUUUCUGAUAGGGCUAUUUCUUUAUAUUUCCCUUGGAUUGACCUGUUGUUUAUCCUUAUCUGAGUAGUGACAACUGAAGUUCCUUUUUCUUUUUUUGCUAUGCAGUAUUAUUAAUUAAGUUUUUCCAGAAGGGUUGAUGGUAUUACAGUUCAGUUUGAACCUUGAACCUUGUAGGAUUGUAGGGUUGCUUAUGGUUUCUUUGAUGAACUAUGCUUUGGUUGUGUUACCAGAAUUGUUUUAUACAAUGUUAAGAGUUAAUUCUCAGAAAGGUUUUUAGCUGCUCCACCACACAUGAUGUAGCUUAGCUGCAGUAUGCUGAUUGCUGUAUCUAAAAACAUCCUUACACUAACUACAAAAGAAGAACUGAGUUCACGAUACUCUUUAUGAUGUAGCUGAGCUUUAAUGGGGCUAGGGAAGACUCUGCAAGCCAUCUCUUUCUUGAGCUACAUGAAAGUCCAUCAGAAGUCACCUGGGCCAUUUUUGGUAUUAUGUCCUCUAAGUGUGACGGAUGGUUGGGUAUCAGAGAUAGCAAACUUUGCUCCAAAAUUAAGAGUUCUUAGGUAUGUUGGUGACAAAGAACACAGACGCAGUCUUCGAAGGACAAUAUAUGAGCAUGUAAAAGAACAGUGCUCAAAGUCUGAUGUAUCAGCCCUUCCUUUUGACUUGCUGCUGACAACAUAUGAUACAGCAUUGAUGGAUCAGCAUUUUCUCUCCCAAAUUCCAUGGCAUUAUGCGAUAAUUGAUGAAGCACAAAGACUUAAAAAUCCUUCAAGUGUGUUAUAUAAUGUUCUUAAAGAACGGUUUGUCAUGCCAAGACGGUUGCUGAUGACUGGAACACCUAUUCAGAACAAUCUCACAGAACUUUGGGCUCUGAUGCAUUUUUGUAUGCCGUCAAUAUUUGGGACGUUAGAGCAGUUUCUUUCCACAUUCAAGGAAGACGGACAUCCUUCUUCAGGUGAAAAGGUGGCUGAAGUUAAGGAUCAGUUCAGAACUUUAAAAUAUAUAUUGGGAGCUUUCAUGCUUCGUCGAAUGAAAUCUAAGCUUAUUGAGUGUGGAACUCUUGUGCUGCCCCCUCUUACUGAGAUUACUGUGAUGGCUCCACUGGUUUCCCUGCAAAAGAAGGUGUAUAUGUCAAUAUUGAGGAAGGAACUUCCUAAACUUCUUGCAUUGUCUUCUGGACCAUCAGGUCACCAGUCCUUACAGAAUAUUGUAAUACAGUUAAGAAAAGCAUGUAGCCAUCCCUAUCUUUUCCCUGGUAUUGAGCCUGAACCAUAUGAGGAGGGUGAACACCUGGUUCAGGCUAGUGGUAAACUUAUAAUCUUGGAUCAACUACUUCAGAAGCUAUAUAACUCUGGACAUCGUGUUCUUCUGUUUGCUCAGAUGACUCAUACACUAGAUAUUUUACAGGAUUUCAUGGAGUUGCGGAAAUAUUCUUAUGAGCGUCUUGAUGGAUCAGUUCGGGCUGAGGAGCGCUUUUCUGCAAUAAGAAGUUUCAGCCGGCAAAUAGUUGAAGGCAGUUUGAAUUCCCAAGAUGUGCAAAGUAGUGCUUUUGUCUUUAUGAUCUCUACAAGAGCUGGGGGCGUUGGCUUGAAUCUUGUGGCUGCUGAUACUGUUAUAUUCUACGAGCAAGAUUGGAAUCCUCAGGUGGACAAGCAGGCUUUGCAGCGGGCACACCGUAUUGGUCAGAUGAAUCAUGUGUUGUCUAUAAAUCUAGUUACAGGACGCACGGUAGAGGAGGUUAUAAUGCGCAGAGCAGAGAGGAAGCUGCAGCUUAGCCAUAAUGUUGUAGGGGAGGUUGACAUUGAUAGGGAAGGGAAGGAAAUGGCUGGAGCUGAAGCUGGUGAUUUGCGAUCUGUCAUAUUUGGGUUACGUAUGAUUGAUCCUUCAGAAAUCAAUAAUGAUGAAUCAAGUGAACCAAAUAUGUCAGAAUUGGAUGCCAUGGCUGACAAGGUAGUAGCAAUCCGCCAUGAACAACAAUUGGGCAAGGAUGAUAGGAAAUUUGAGGUUAACCCAAUGGAUCUUUUAAAAGGACAUGAUCUUAUUAUGGACAGAAGUUCCGUUUCUGUUGAUUUUGACCCUGGUCUAGAUGAAGCUUCAUAUCUUGUAUGGGUGGAAAAGUUCAAGGAGGCAUCCCAAUCAAGUGAUGAUCCAAUUAUACAAGUGGGAAAUAGAAGAAAGUUACCUGAGGAAAAGCUUCUAAAACUUGAAGCUGCAAGGAAGAAGGCAGAGGAGGAGAAGCUAGCCAAGUGGGAAGCUCAUGGUUACAAUUCAUUAUCUGUCAAAGAUCCUCCUUCCCAUGUUGAUGUUGACAUGAUAUCAGAUUCAGGUUCUGUUGACUUUGUUUAUGGAGAUUGUACACUUCCCUCAAAAGUUUGUCCAUCUGAGGCUACUAUCAUAUUCAGUUGCAUUGAUGACUCUGGGAUCUGGGGCCAUGGAGGAAUGUUUGAUGCCCUGGCCAGGCUUUCUUCAAGUGUUCCUGAUGCAUAUCAACGAGCUUCUGAAUUUAAGGACCUUCAUCUUGGUGAUCUUCAUUUUAUAAAAAUCAAUGAGGACUGUGAAGAACAGAGAAUGGACUGUAAUGCUCCUCAGUGGGUGGCUCUCGCUGUAGUACAAUCAUAUAAUCCUAGGCGUAAAGUACCUCGCAGCAAUAUCUCUGUUCCUGACUUGGAAUGUUGCUUAUCAAAGGCGUCAUUCUUGGCUGCUCAAAAAUCUGCUUCGAUCCACAUGCCACGUAUUGGCUAUCAAGAUCGCUCAGAAUGGUAUACUGUGGAACGUCUUCUACGAAAAUAUGCUUCCCUAUAUGGCAUAAAGAUUUUUGUGUACUAUUUCCGAAGGUCAUCUUGAGGAUUGGGAUUGACUAACAGAAUGCUUUACAAUGUUCAUGGAAUGUUUAGUUGUGGUUGAUAGAAUAGAUGAAAAGAUGAUGCUUACCUCCUUCCCUAGCAUUACAAUGUUCUAACUUUCAGUUUUGUCUAACCUUUUCCCAGAGCAUUGGGGUGGUUUUGUUGUAUUUAUUCUAUCGGGUAUAAUUGUAAAGACAUUGUUCCUAAGUGGGUUAAUGAAAAAUGAAGUAGUCAGGUCGAAAUA